GCUGCCUUACAUCGCCGCCUCUGCCCGCGUCCACGCGCAUAUUUAGGAAACUCCGCUAACGCUAACUCUUCUUUCUUCUUUCUCUAUCGAAACGCCAAUGAAACCAAAAAAUGCUUGAUAACGAUACCGAAAUGAUAAACACUUUCUUCAACGGUGCAAUAUUGGUGAAUAUUUGGUGAUUGUCUGGUGAUUUGGUCUGGCUUUGAAACGGUCACGCUCAAAACCGGAACUGUACGGGCGACUGUGUGUGUGUGUGUGUGUGGUGUGGUCUGCGGCUGCUGGCCAAAUUGUGCUGUGGGUGGUGUUUGGGGUUCGGUUGGGUAUUUGGGAUUUGGGGUUACCGUGCGGGACUAUCCCUGCUACUCAUUGACGCAUCAUGAUACAGACCAUUCAGGAUGUCAACGAUUGCGUGCCGCUGUACUUGCCGCACAGCUUGUACCUCAAGCCGCUGGCCAAGUUCAACAUAUCGGUCGCUCUGCCCGCCACCAUCACGGGCAAGACCAUCUCCAACUUUGACGUCAUGGAGAAGAUGCGCCAGAUGAUACUGCCCGACAAGUUCUCUGUAUUGAAGGUUUCGAAAAGCACGGUUGGAUUCAUCCGGUUCGAGGGAGAGCUCGAAGACCGGGGGAAGCUGAAGGCCGUCCUGGCACGGCUCGAUGGAAGGCCACUGAAACUGGCCGGGUUUGAUGAGUCGGUCAAAGUGCGAGCGUCGGAGGCUAAGGACGAUUUCCCAACGCGUCACGAUUGGGAUUCGUUUUUCCGCGAUGCCCGCAAUAUGGACGAGAUGAAGGCGGGUGAACGACCCGAUACGAUCCAUUUCAGCAACCUGCCGAUCAAGUGGUUCUGCCCGCGGCAUGCCGAAAACGAGGAUAACGUCAAACCGAGCGAAAGCAUCUUCAAACGGAUCUUUGAAAAGUUUGGUGAGGUGCGGGCCGUCGACAUACCGAUCUGCGAUCCGUACCGUUCGCAGAUGAAGGCGCACAUGUCCGGUAUGAAGAAGUUUAGCUUCGACCAGGAGAUGUACUUCGAAGGGUAUGUACAGUUUAACGAGUACGUUGGGUUCGUGAAGACAAUGGACGAGUUUCGUGGCAUGAAGCUGGUACGCAAGGAAGGCGAUCGUAAUCUGGCCGUUACGAUCACGGUGGACUUCGAUCAAACCAAGCAUCUGAGCGAUGCAUCCGUCAAGAAACGGCAGAUCGUUCGCGAUCGCUUGAUCGCUGCUGAGCGUGAGAAGGAGGAACUGGAAAAGAAACGAAUUGCCGAGGAGGAAGCACGGAAAGAGCUCGAAAGAAAAAAGGAGGAAGAAAAGCGGCAGGCCGAAAUCGAGCAGCAGCUUCUGCGUGAGCAGCGUCGCAAGGAGAAGCAUCUACAAAAGCUGCGCCAGAAGGAAUCGGAUGAGAUUAGUCUGAAGAUACGGUUGGAGGAGAAGAAGCUGCUCGAAGCGCAGCGCAAACUGGAGAGCAUCCGGUUGCUGGACGCUCUGUUUGAGCGCAUGAAGAUGAAACAAUCGCUGGAGAAAGGCAAGCAAAGGAGUUCGCUUUUGUCCAGUGACGGUGAGGACAAUGUGAGUAUUUCGUCCGCCUCAGGGCGGCAGAAGAAGGCAAACAAAUUGAAGCAGGCGCAGGAGAAGGAGCUCGAGAAGAUGCGCUUACGGUUGAAGCAAGCGAAGGAUGGUAGCGUGCUCAAGCAGGUACUCAGUACGGGUACCGGUCUAAAGGUAGAUCGUUCACGAUCGCCGAGCAUCAAUACGAUCAGCUCGGAUGACAGUAUUCUUAGCGAUACGCCACGCAAAGCGAAGAAGAAGCGCAAAUCGCAGACCUCUUCCAUCCGCAAGUCCGGCUCUUCGGCGGAGGAUUCAUCGGCCGAAGAGUCAACGGCGGAACAGGGCACCGCGGCGGCUGGUGAUAAGAAACGAGAAGUUCGAGAAGAGAUGGCGAAUCAACAGCUUCCAGCAGCGGCCCCGUACGCUGGUCCCCAGCACAUAGCUUAUGAUCGUCCCGUUAGCUAUGCUCCGAUGCAUCCCGCUUACUCGGCCGCGGCCGCCGGUAUGUAUGCGGGUAUGGACUGGACGAGUGGUAUGAGCUACCCGUACACGUACGAUCCGUACUAUGCUCAGUACUACAGCUCGCUGGCAUACCGGGGCGCAUUCCGGACGGCUACACGCGGUCCACGUUAUCCGCGGGGAGCUGUUAGCAGUGGUAGUGGUGGUGGCGGUGUGACACGUGGUCGUGGCAGUUACCGCGGUAGUCGAGGCGGAUACGAUGGUUAUCGUGGUGGACGUGGGAUGGAUGAUUACGAUGGUUACGAUCGAUCAAGGAGUGCUUCGUACUCACGGUCGCGCUCUCGUUCUCGAUCCCGUCAUAGACGUCGAUCGAGCAGAAGUCGAAGUCGCAGCCGCAGUCGCCACCGUCGGUCGCGAUCGCGAAGCAGCCGAAGUCGUAGCCGUAGUCGAAGCCGUAGCCACCGUAGAAGUCGCAGCCGAAGGUCUCGGUCCCGCUCUAGCUCCCGAUCGAGAUCGAAGUCAGGUCAUCGUAGUCGCAGUCACAGCCGCUCUCGAUCCUCUCGUUCGCAUAGCCAUCGGCGUAGCAAACGUCGAUCGCGAUCGGGAGGCUCGGGAGGUGAAGAUCGCUCGAAGAAACCUGCUGUUCAGAUGUCGAAGCCGGUAUCGAAGAAUCUAGUGUCCACCAUUCGGGGUGCUACCCGUUCUCGCUCACACUCACGAUCACGCUCACGCUCGCACUCACGUUCGCGCUCCAAUUACAAACAUCGAUCUUCAAGGCGCCACCGAACGCCACAACGGUCGCGUCGCUCUGGUUCGAGAGCGGAUGAUGACUUGCAGAGAGCGGCUAAAGUUGAUCGGAAACAGGUGGAUCCUCCGGAGCCAAAAAAGGAACCGGCGGCACCCCCGGUCGGACCGAUCGGUCCACGAUCACCACCGGAACCGCCAAUGGAACCCAGUCUGCCACCGGAGCAGAAUGGCGAUGGAGAUCGUAAUGCCAGCAUCGUUGACGAAGAGGAACCGCCCGUCGUCUCGGAAUCGUUUAAAAAGCAUCGAAUAAUUCUACGCACCGAUCAGAUGAUGAGAAGUACCAAGGAGAUCGAGGAAGAGGUACGAGAACGGCUUAUACGCCAGCAGAAAGAACGCGAGGAACAACAGCAGAAGCAACAGAAAGAGCAGCAGCAGCAACAGCAACAACAGCAGCAACACCAGAAACAAAAGCGCCUGGAGCGUGAAAAGGCGUAUGCGCGAAGACGGCGCAACCGCAAGGCAGAUGAGGACGAGGAGGACGAUGACGAGGACAGUGAAGAGGAAGAAGACGACGACGAAGAAGAGGAAGAACAGGAGGAGCGUAGUAACCGAGAUCGAGGCAGAAGAAUUGAUUCCCGAAGAAACCCUUACAUCAAUAGGCCGCCGUCGCCACCGCCCUUACCUGGUAAUGGCCAGAAACCGAAAGAUGAUGCACCACGAAAGAUGGAAACUCUACGUUCGCAGAUUGUAAAGGAUGUGAAUCGACGAGUGAAGGAAAGAUCGCCACUGCUGCCACUGGCUGAAGAUCGUCGAUCGCGAAUGAAACGAUCCCCCGAGCAGCAGCAGCAGCAGCAACCUCGGACUCGCAAUGAGAGUGCGAAUGGUGCAGCCAAGCGUCCCCCGAGAACACCACCAUCAUCAUCAUCAUCUUCGUCAAGUACGGAAGAGGACUCGGAGGAAUCCAGUGGAAGCAGUGCCAGCAGUAAUCAUGACGACGGUCGCCGUCGUGUGUCUCGUUCACGAGCUCCUCGAGCUCGCCACACGAUCGAACGGUCCAAACGUGCACCACGUGUAGAAGAGCCGCUGAUGACACCACGUGAUCGCAAACGAUCGACAAACAUGGCAGAAGAGCAUACAAAGUCAGACAAACGGGCACGAGUGAUGGUGAAAGGAGAUCGAGAAAGAGCCAGAUCGCGAGAGCAAGUUCCUCCCCCUGCUCCGCCGCAUCACCAUCCGACACGUGCUGGAGGAGAUGUUGAUCGUCGUCGCGCAUCGCCGGGUCGUCGUUUGCGGCACCAACGGAGUGGCAGUCGUGAGGAUCAUCGUAAAUCAUCUCACUCACGACCCUCAUUCGCUAAUGAGGCCAGUGGCGAUGAAUCGUUCAGCAGACGCAGAGUUGCCGUACGACACGGUGGCGAUCGGAGUUACAGGCGAUCGUGAGCGCUUGCGGCGAACUCUUUACAACGGCGAUUGUGUGGAUGAACAAAAUCUCAAUAUCCUCAGUGUGUGUGUGUAUGUGUGUGUGUGUUUGUAUGUUUGCAUCCCGAUCGAAUUCGAAUGUGGCUUCCCUCAAAUUUCACAAUCUAUGCAUCUUUCAUUGUGGACAUUCUUUUUCGAUUUAGAUUAAUGUAAAGUGCAAACGCAAGCAGUGCGGAAGUAGUGAAGUAUAAUUGUCAUGUAAUAGAUAAUAAAUUUUAGCUCUUCGGUAUUGAAUGAUC